CGCCGUGGAAGUCGUCGCGGACGGUAAUUCGCGUUCUCGCGAGCGCCGCGAAGCUGCCGCGUUUCGGGAAUUGCGUCGCGUCGCGAGUUUUACGCGCUUGUGUGCGUGCGUGAAGUGUCUCGACGCGUGUAAACGCGCGUCGAGAGGUGCGCGUGUGGCGAAUGUCGCAAUAUCGGGUGAGAAAAUCGUGCGGUGCGAGUGAAAAGUGUUCGCAGUGCCCGAAAAAGGAGUAACGGAUAUCCAAGAUGUCUGCCACCGCAGCGCCGUGCGUACUAAUGGCCAGCGAGAAGGCGGACACCCUCCGGCUUGCGAUCGUCAGGAAAAAGUGGCGACGAAUUUCAAGUCGGCCCAGUAUCUGGCGCAUGCAAAAGGGAUUAUCGGCGACCGUGGAAUUGAGAAGUUUAUCCCUGGCGUGCUGCAAGACGUAAACUCGGCGAUCGCAGAGUCGAGCUUGCUUGGUCAUCUUCUGCAAACUGUGCCCCGACGAGUUCGACGGAAUAGGAAACACGCUGCGUGGCAUGGCACGUGAGUUGCGGAACAGCUGGGAUCCUCACGAGGCGUAUCUCGGAUACGCGACAACGCCAAUUGACAAAAAAGACAGUUCCACCAGCGCUACCCUUGACAACGAUCGUUAACUCUUGUUCCGCGAUGACCUCGAGCCAUUUGCGCUUUAGCCGUCGCCCGUGCACGCCGACUGACAACAGGAUGCUCAUUACGCAGGUUAGAAGGGUCCGAUGAAACGGUAAUUGUUUUUAAUCACUUGGUGGGUGGAAGUUCGCUGAAAGGGGUGAGAGCCGAUGGCGCGGUUAGCCGAAAACCAUCCCUCGUUCCCACUUUCACUUAACAUCACGGCGCUUUUCAACCCUUCCCCGGGCAUUAUGAUAGGAUGGGCAUUAAUACAAGAAGCUGACAUACUGCAGUUUGCAAGAACAAUCGGUCAAUGACACAGUAAGAGACGUCACUCGCGUUCAAGGCAAAACUCAGCUUAUCGCUUUAUCGCGGUUACCAGGUCAAAGGAAAGUAAGCAGGAGUUAAACUGCCACGUUUCGUCGGAAGAGUAUCAUGUAAUAGAAGUGAUGAUAUAACGACAUAAAACGGCGUAUUUUAUAUCGCGCGAAAGGAAUGAAAUAAAAAAUAUUACGUUAGCGCCUCAUAAAUAUACCAGCGAUAUUCGACAGUACGCGCUGACAAUGUAAAAGACGUCUAUUGAUCUUCAUUAUUCCAAGAAAUUAGUCGAUGAUGAUACAGUCUUGCUGUGGCUAAACUACACUCGUCUCUAUUGGAUCUUGAUGAUAGCUGACGGCAAAUACUUAUCCUCAAGUGCACUGCGUCGAUCCCGGGGCUAGGCGGGAGCGACCGAGCGAACGCGUAGCUUUGGACCUGGACUCGGGCUACAACUACUGCCCGCGAUUGCCCCGAUCGAAGAGGAGCGGAGGAGAACCAUGGCAAUACCGUUUUUGCCCAACAACGAGGAGAACAGCACGGAGGAGCAGCUCAUGUACCAGCUAUACGUGACGCUGCACAAUGCACUCCGGAGCAGGAACGCCCACCAUCCGUCGCGAAAUCAUCGGGCACCGCGUCGAUCCGGCGGUUCCGGGUCCCAGCAACCUCUGGUGAUCUGGCUGCAGCCCGGCAACGUCGAGGACUUGUCGAGCCUGCCGCUGCCGGACCUGGUGCAAUCGGCCGUGGAUCAGCUGCCACCGCCGUCGCCCCAGGUGACAGUUUCUGUCCCCAGCAGCCCGAUGAGGGACGCGACCUUUCAGUUCCCUGAGUGUAGCAACGUCAACAGCAACGGCGCACCGUUGCCGAGCCCAAGGCCACGGCCGCGAAGACGCUUCGCGUCGGAGAGUUCCGUCAUGGAGACGGGCCCGAUCGAGGUGAGCAACUGCAACGGUACCACCUGCCGCUGCCACCUCGGCUUGAUCGUCAACGAGAGGCAGUCGUGGACGAGCGUGGGUGCCAAUCUCAGGAACAUCGCCGGUGAUUUCCACGCGUGCAGGACCAAGUCCGAUAUCGAGAAAUCGCCACUACCGAUGAUCGGUCCAGGCCUGUCCAACGGUCGCAACAGCAACUCGUCGUCCACCGACAGUCUGCUAUCGCUGUUGAUUCCGACGCCGCUGCGAGAGACCCUUUGGGCAACGGUAGCUCUAUACCUUGGCUGGAGACUCGUCUCCCGCCUACGAUAGACGCGCCGGUCUCGCCCAACCGUUCUGGAUGAUCCUGUGGGCUCGAUCGACGAUCGCGCCGAUAACUGGAACGACAUUGGGGGCCACUAACUAAGAUGGAAUGGACGGCUAGCAACUCCUUUCCUUGUCCGCGAUCGCGGACGUCCUGUGUGGAAUCCUCUCUAGACGGAUCGUCUCGAGAGAAGGAGGAGGAAGAGGAGGCAGUCCACAUGGCGCAUACUCCGGAUCUCUCUAUGUGAUCGGAUAAUGGAUUUAAUCGAGGUAGAGCGCGUUGGAAAGACGAGCCGUUAUCUUGUUUCAACAUCCACUCCGAUAAUACAAUUAUAAUUUUAUAUUGUCCGUCUUUGUAUUUCGCGUCUGCGUUGCGCGGCUACGCGAGAAUGCGCUUGAUCGACUUUGAACGGUUCCUGAGGGACCAUGCGACUGCAUAUAAUAUAUUGAUAUAUUUGAUCACGAUGAUGAAAGUAGUGAUAAUUAUUUGCUUCUGCGGCGUGCUUCUAAUUCCUUUAUGAUUUAUGACUUGGAUCAAUUUAUUAAUUUGAUGAUCGGUAAUCGAUGAUUAAUCGACGAUAAUUGAUUUAUCUCAUAGUUGAUAAUUGAUAAUGAUGAUAAUGGAUUGAUUUUAUAAGAAUUUUUAUAUUGACAAUUGUGAUAAUUGAAAAAUGAUAAUAAUGAUUGAGUUGACGAGUUGCUCUCUACUAAAUGUAUUCGUCCCUCCCCAGGGACGAACGGGUAAAAAAAUUUAUAUAAAAAGGACUUUAAUUGGAAACCUGAGUACGAGAUUCCAAAAAAAAAGUUCUUAAUUAUUGUCUAUUGAUUAAUAAUCGAUGUCGACCGGAGAAUCGAUCCUAUCUAUUAACUUGAUUGCUAUCUGUCGAGAAUUGCGUGUUGUCGAUAAAUUGUGACUGUGAUUGCCGCGGGUGACGAGGCGAAGGGUUAGCAACGGCGGAACAGCGACGUCGAAGUACAAGUGCAUUCUCGCGCGAUGCAGGAGCUAUUUUCGUACGUAGCGCUAUUCGUUCGUGCCGAUAGUUCGCCCUGCGAGUUCGUAGGCGAAGGUCGAAGGACGGGAUUUUAAGAGGCGGGGCGGGAAGUGGGAAAGAUAACCCGGGCCAGAGUAAUCGAAUUGCGUAUUAUGUGGCGAUCGGACCCGAGACACGAGGAGGGAGGUAUUAAGGGUGACGGGGGAAACUAAGGACGAGAUCCAAAGAGGAUUAAACCCAAUAAUCAAAUGAUGAUCUCAUUACGGAUAAAUAAAGAGAAUUAAAUAAAGUAGUGUGAUUAUAUGGGAGCGAGAGAGAGGGCGGACCAUACGCCCCCCAAUUCUCUCUGUCUUCUCUUCGCGCGUCCGUCCCUCUCUUGAUCUCGCCAAGGUAGAAAGACUACUUUUCGGUAUGUGGCUUGUAGAUAACGCGGUUCCCCGACCGGUAGCGGUCGACGGAGCGAUUCUUGUCCAAGAUUUUUUAACGACGCCGCGCCACGACGACGUUUCGCGAGGCUUGGCACCUAUAUAUUUCCUCCGUACGAGACAACGAACAUUUCUUUAAUACGUUUGACAAUAUCAAGAGCCUAACGACGGACCUGUUUCAUCUGAAUUACAAUCAAUCGACGGUUAUUUACAAUCGAUCGGCCUCGCCAGACGUCUACGGCACGUGAGCGGAAUAUAUGUAUAUAAAGAGACGUCGAGAGGGAUAGCGACGAUUCCAAAAAUGUUAAGAGGAUAGGGGACGAGCGAGGACGUAAGAUGGAGACAGGGGAGCAAACUUGUAUAUGCAUAGAGGAUUUAUCUAAAGUAAUAAAAACUCAGUAAUAAGUCGAUGUUAUAAUAAUUAAAGUAGAUAAUCGAUAGGCCGAGGAUCGCAGCAUCUUGAUUGGCUAGCUGCGACUCCCGUGGACAGUUUUCAAAUGAUCUCCGGUAGCUUAGCUAUUAGUAGGCGUCCUCGUGACAGGCGAGACACGCCUUUCAUGGCACAUCGGAAGGAACAUCUCCUUCUUUCCCCUGUGCCCUUUCUAACUUGUGUCUAUCCUUCUCUUUCCUUCUUUCCCGUUUCCGUCUUCUUUCUUCUAUCGACCAAAAACUGUCUAUCGAUUCUCCCGCUCUAACUCACCUAUCCUCAAUCUUCUACGCGAUCCCCUCCGUUUCACUUCCCUGCUUCGCAAUUCCAUGUUUAUCGACGACAGUUCUUCUGACUGUUCUGUUGUGUACGCGACGUAACGUAAUCUCUGAUCUCGAACUUAGCGUGUAUUGGUAAGAAUCGUGUGUUGUGUUCGCUCGACGAUCCAGAGUCUCAAUUUUCACGGGCGAGCGGACUCGGGCCUUCUCGUCUCGCGAUUUCUCUUAGGGUUCUAGGUAGGAAACGGCGUAAGGGCUAGCCUAACGAGUGAGGGCGUAGAAGAACAAUAUCCCUGGGCUUUCUCGUUCGGUUUUAAACUAUCGAGACCAAAACUAUCGAGGCUGCUGUACAGUCGUCCCUGUGGGCCGCGCUUUCUCUUCUCCCCGAGUGCAAGUCUAUUGCGUUUUCCUUUGUCUCCCUAUUGAUAGGAUGAUCGUGACGUUAUUCCGUCGAAGUAUUCCAGUGUGUAGGUCUAUAGUAUUUAUUUGUAGGCGAUACCGUUUUUCUACCGUCUAAUAGGGCCGCGUUUUGAGAUAAAUAUAUACGCGCGGGCGGAAUACAUAUAUAUUAUUGCCAUUUCGAGAUAAGCAAAUCCUCGCCAGACGCUUCCAAACGGGAGCGGCUUUGUGGAAAGUCAAUAAUGUCGGUGUCCGUAACACGUUGUCUCUAAAGACGAAAAAAUAGUUAGCACUGUUGAGACAAAGGUAUUUAAGGGAAUACGAGUAUUUCGUACGCGCUGUAAGGAGGGCGUUUUAUACACGGCGAGAAAGCCAACGCGUUGUUCUAAUCUCAAUGUACGCGCGGAUUGUAAAAUCUUUGUAUUUUCACAUCGUAUAAAGCUUUAUUCUGUCGUGUUUUCGCGAGCCAUUUCUCAUCGUCAGGAACCUCAGAUCCAAUUCCGCGGAGCGCGGAUUACCGUUCAAUCUACCGCAUACAUAGGGAUUAUUAUCAAACAAUACGUACAUCAUUCGAUCAAAUUGAAUUACCACCUGAAAAGCACUUAGUGAAUUUAUUCGUAAUUUUAAUACGUAAUAAAUAAUUGAUUGCAUUUUUUAAUUUGUCAACUAAACGUCUGCUAAAAGCGACUAAAAUAUCUAAUAGGUAUUAAUUCACAAAAUUUUUUAUUUAACUCUUUUUUACGGACUUCUUGUUUAAUUGGAUUGUAGUUGCAAUUUUACAAACACGGAAAAAUUAGAAAAAUUUUCAGACUGGUUGCGAGAAAACCGAAUAAUUUUUUGUACAAAAAUCUAAAACUACGGUUCUUUAAAAUUACAAACGGUUUAAUUUAAAGAACAAAUCAAUCAAAUCCUUAGAAAAUACAUAGGAAAUCGAUAUUCGAUUGUGUGAAUUUUGCGAAGCUGGCCGAGCGCUGCUCAUCUCACAAAAUAUUAUAUAAGUUGCUGUUUUCAUAUAUUAAAUGAAAAGAGGGGAAUGAC